UGCCUUUUGCACACUUCAACAGUGGUCACAAUCAUGACUAGAUGUUUGAAAAACAAACUGAAUAGGUCUCAAAAAUUAAUAGAAGUCUAGAAGCAACCACAAGGUGGACUUUAUUGACGCACCGCCUUUGACAAACCCUACAGAGGUCAAACAUUUCUUGAUUCUAUUUAUAUGCGUCACGUAGGCCUACACACUUCUCACUGAAAGCAGCUGAAGGAUGAGAUCCUUGUGAAACUUUCUCAGCACUAAAGCUUGUUCAUUGGUUUCAAGAACUGACAGGCUAGAUAGGGCUCAAUAAUAAUGCUUUGAUUCAUUCAAAAGCCAUCAUAAACUUGAACAAUAAAAAUACAAAUAAAAGGGAAUUUCAGGAUGAACACAAACCGUGCUGUGUGAGUUAUGCCAACUGCAUGUCCCCUUAAAGCAACAAUGUUGCCUUGGCACAUGAUACAUUCUUCUGACAGAUGCUCGGUCUUGUAAGGCCUCCUGAGUGUCCGAGUUGGCAGCAUGACGCGCUAAUACCGAGCGGCUCACUUCUCCUUAACCCACGCGUUUCCCCGCUAUAGGCCUAUCUGUAAACCUUAUUUCUAUGCUUACAAAUUAGUAACUUUCUGUACUAGCCUAUCUGCGCGUUUGUAAUCCCAUGUAUAGCGGAUGAAAGGAACUAUUUGACAGUGCAGGUCUUCCGGCAGCACUAAACCAAUCAACUGCAGUGUAGCUAGAUCUAGGAUUAUCACUGGGACUUUAUCACAGAACCGAGCGGUUAAUGUCGCGUGUGAGUCGCGUUAUUCCACUUUAUUCCUUCAUCGUGUCGUCACGGAAUAAACCGAGAUUCAAUCAUGACAGAGACGCGCAUUUCGCGCUGGUACUUCGGAGGAAUUGCCUCGUGCGCGGCCGCCUGUUGCACUCAUCCACUGGACUUAAUAAAGGUUCAUCUGCAAACCCAGCAGGAGGUGAAGAUGAGGAUGACUGGCAUGGCUAUGCAGGUGGUGCGCAGUGAUGGGGUGCUAGCACUCUACAAUGGGCUCAGUGCUUCACUCUGCAGGCAGAUGACUUACUCAAUGACCCGCUUUGCCAUUUAUGAAACUGUGAGAGACAAGAUAUCUAGUCAAAACCAGGGGCCCAUGCCCUUCUACCAGAAGAUCUUGCUGGCUGCUUUUGGAGGUCUUACUGGUGGGUUUAUUGGGACACCAGCGGACAUGGUUAAUGUCAGAAUGCAGAAUGAUGUGAAGUUGCCACCUGAAUUAAGAAGAAACUAUGCACAUGCUCUUGAUGGAUUGGCACGUGUCUGGAAAGAAGGUGAGAAUAAGAAAAUCCGUUUACAAAAAAAUUUGACACAUUUUGGCAUAGGAGGUUGUGCUACUGUUCUCUGUCAGCCUAUGGAUGUUGUGAAAACCAGACUGAUGAAUUCAAAGGGGGAAUACAGGGGGGUGAUUCAUUGUCUGUCUGAUACUGGAAAACUCGGACCUAAAGCUUUCUACAAGGGCCUUGUCCCAGCUGGAAUCCGCCUGAUUCCUCACACUGUACUUACUUUCAUCUUUUUGGAGCAGCUCCGAUUGUACUUUGGCAUUAGAGUCGUCACCUCUACAUGAACUCUGACACAAAAGCUCCUGGUAUCAACAUCAGUUUCAGGUGAUCCCUUCACAAGGAGACAGUAAUAAAAUCC